CCCUCUGAGUUGGUCUCGAGGAGCUAGGCUGAGCGUAUUUCUACUUGUUGUUUUGAAACCGCUAAACACCGACCGGAGGCAUUGAGUAGAAGAUGGCGGAUGUUGAAGGCGAUGAAAUUAAGUCGGCUCUCCGUAAUGGACCCGCUGCAGGUUCGGUAGUCGGUACCGGAGUCCAAAAUGCUACCCAAGUGACGUCAGGUCCACGAAUGGUUAGAAUUGUAAAGUCGGAAUCAGGAUAUGGAUUCAACGUUCGUGGACAAGUUAGCGAAGGAGGACAACUGCGAAGCAUCAAUGGGGAAUUGUAUGCACCUCUUCAGCAUGUCAGUGCUGUUUUGCCUGGAGGGGCAGCGGACCGAGCUGGCAUAUCAAAGGGUGACAGGAUUCUGGAGGUUAAUGGUGUGAGCGUGGAGGGGGCCACCCACAAGCAGGUGGUGGAUCUGAUCCGGGCCGGGGAGAGGGAACUGGUGCUUUCUGUGCUGUCUGUGCCGCCCCAAGAGGCAGACGGUCUUGAGGCCGGGGAUGAGAGCGCCGCCCAGCUCAGCUAUGACUACAGCGACAAGCAGGCCGUGCCCAUCUCCAUCCCCACAUUCAAGCACGUGGAGCAGCACGCCGAGAGGUUUGUGGUGUACAACGUGUACAUGUCGGGCAGGCAGCUGUGCUCCAAGCGCUACCGGGAGUUUGCUAUCCUGAACCAGAACCUGAAGAGGGAGUUUGCCAGUUACACCUUCCCCAAGAUCCCAGGGAAGUGGCCCUUCUCCCUGUCUGAGCAGCAGCUGGACACACGCCGCAGGGGCCUGGAGGAGUACCUGGAGAGAGUUUGUUCAGUACGGGUGAUUGGUGAGAGUGACAUCAUGCAGGAAUUCCUUUCUGAAUCAGAUGAGAAUUACAAUGGCGUUUCAGACGUGGAGCUGCGGAUAGCCCUGCCAGACAAGACCAUCAUCUCUGUCAGGGUGCGCAAGAACAGCACAACUGACCAAGUCUACCAGGCUUUAGUGAUGAAGGUUGGUAUGGACAGCAUCAUGGCCAGCUACUUUGCCCUCUUUGAAGUCAUCAACCACUCCUUUGUGCGAAAACUGGCCCCCAACGAGUUUCCCCACAAGCUGUACGUGCAGAACUACACGUCAGCUGUGCCGGGCACCUGUCUGGCCCUCCGCAAGUGGCUUUUCACUUCUCAGGAGGAGGAACUUCUCAGGGACAACCCACUGGCUGUCCACUACUGCUUCUACCAGGCAUUGGAUGACGUGAAGAAGGGAUUCAUCAAAACAGAAGACAAUUCUUACCAGCUGACGAAACUGGCAGAGCAGCGCAAGAUGGCCAUGUACCUGAGUCUUCUGCGCUCCUGUGAGGGCUACAACGAGGUCAUGUUCCCCCACUGCGCCUGUGACUCCCGGAGGAAGGGCCACGUCAUCACGGCCAUCAGCAUGCACCACUUCAAACUGCACGCCUGCACAGAGGACGGCACGCUUGAGAACCAGGUAAUAGCGUUUGAGUGGGUGGAGAUGCAGCGCUGGGACACUGACGAGGAGGGCAUGGCGUUCUGCUUUGAGUACGCCAGGGGAGAGAAGAAACCUCGCUGGGUCAAGAUCUUCACACCAUACUUCAACUACAUGCACGAGUGCUUCGAGAGGGUCUUCUGUGAGCUCAAGUGGAGGAAACGGGUUGAAGAGGAGGCCUCUGACAAAGACAACCAGAACUGCAGUAACAACGAAUAUCUCCCUGCUCUGGAGACACAGAAGGGAUGGCGCCAUCUAGGGGGCGAGAUCGCCACAUCCUAAAUACUCCCAGAACCAGAAUCGGUCCACUCACACCAUCACAGCCACAACCGAGGUUGACAUCUGCAAAAGAAACAAAAAAAACUAAGAACUUAGGUGAUCCACUCCCCAAAUGACAACUGGAAACUGAUUUUAAAAUCACACAAACCCAGGAAUUCUCAGAUAGACGACGAGCAAUGAAGGAAAAAAAAAACAUUGUCAUUA